AUGAACGACCAAAAGCGCAAAGCUCCGGUCAUUGUUAUUCUUGGAGCCCAGUUUGGCGAUGAAGGCAAGGGCAAAAUAGUGGACUUCUUGAUCGAAAAGGAAAAAAUUCAAUUAACUGCACGUUGUCAGGGCGGUAACAAUGCGGGUCAUACAGUUGUUGUGAAUGGUCGUAAAAGUGACUUUCAUUUGCUUCCGACUGGGAUAAUAAAUGAGGACUGUUACAAUAUUAUUGGGAAUGGAGUCGUCGUUAACUUGGAUGCUCUUUUCAAAGAGAUCGAACAUAAUGAAAUUGAUAAGUUAAAUGGAUGGGAAAAGAGACUGAUGAUUAGUGAGCUUGCUCACUUAGUUACUUCUAUGCACAUGCAGGCAGAUGGUCAACAAGAGAAAUCCUUGAGCUCCGAGAAAAUUGGGACAACUAGUAAAGGUAUCGGCCCGACGUAUUCGACAAAGUGUUUCCGUAAUGGAAUUCGUGUUGGCGAACUUUUAGGCGAUUUUGAAGCAUUUUCUGCAAAGUUUCGCAGCUUGGCGGCAUUUUACCUCAAACAGUUUCCUGGUAUUGAGGUGAAUGUUGAGGAGGAACUGGACAAUUAUAAGAAACAUGCUGUGUGCUUGAAGCGACUUGGAAUUGUUGGUGACACCAUCACUUAUUUGGAUGAAAUGAGAGCUCAGGGCAAAGCUAUACUGGUAGAGGGUGCAAAUGGAGCGAUGCUGGACAUAGAUUUUGGUUCAUUUUUGUAUACUUUUUUUUGCCACUCAGGAACGUAUCCUUUCGUAACUUCAUCGAAUGCUACCGUCGGAGGUGCUGUUACGGGUCUAGGUAUACCUCCAACAGCUAUAACGGAGAUAAUUGGUGUUGUUAAAGCUUAUGAAACGCGUGUCGGGUCUGGGCCUUUUCCGACAGAGCAGCAGGGCAAAAUUGGCGAAGAUUUACAAAGUAUCGGGCACGAAGUGGGAGUCACAACUGGUCGUAAACGCCGAUGUGGUUGGUUAGACUUGUUUCUUUUGAAACGGUCUAGUGUCAUUAAUGGAUUCACUGCGUUGGCUCUAACGAAGCUUGAUAUACUGGAUAACUUUGAUGAAAUCAAGGUGGCUACUGGAUACAGAAUAGAUGGGAAGUCUUUGAAAGCUCCUCCGUCAUGUGCUGCUGACUGGAGUAGAAUUGAAUUGGAAUACAAGACGUUCAGUGGCUGGAAAGAUGACGUAUCAAAAAUUAGGUCAUUUAAUGAACUUCCUGAGAAUUGCAAGACUUACGUAAAGUUCAUUGAAGGAUUUGUUGGAGUUCCUAUAAAGUGGAUUGGAGUAGGUGAAGAUCGUGAGGCGUUGAUAGUAAUGAGUUCUUGA